AUGCGGUCCUCUGGCUGCUUUUUCCUGAUUUUCUUACUCCUCUUCUCUUCCCAAGAUUCUUUCUCCUCAGCUCUCUCUGAAGCCGAGGUCUCCUUCAUUGCUCACCGCCAACUCUUAUCCCUCCCGGAGAAUGGUGACCUUCCUGAAAAUUAUGAAUACCAGGUUGAUGUCAACUUAACCUUCCCCAACGCAAGGCUCCGCCGAGCUUACAUCGCCCUCCAGGCAUGGAAGGAGGCCAUAGUCUCUGACCCACAUAAAAUCACGACCAGUUGGGUCGGUGCCGAUGUCUGUGACUACAAGGGCGUCUUCUGUGCGCCUGCACCCGAUGACCCCAAGUCUACGGUUGUCGCAGGUGUCGAUCUCAACAAUGCUGACCUCGCCGGCUUCCUUCCCGUCGAGCUUGGCCUGAUGAGUGACCUUGCGCUCUUCCAUGUCAACUCCAAUCGCUUCUGUGGAAUCAUUCCCCAGAGCUUCUCCAAGAUGGCUGUUCUCUACGAGUUUGAUGUGAGCAACAAUCGCCUUGUUGGUCCAUUCCCAAUGCCAGUCACCGCCAUGCCAGCCCUCAAGUACCUUGACCUUAGAUACAACGACUUCGAAGGUUCGAUACCUCCGGAGCUAUUCGACAUGGAUCUAGAUGCUGUGUUCUUGAACAACAAUCGUUUCCAGAACGAAAUCCCUGAGAAUCUAGGAAACUCUCCGGCUUCAGUCAUUGUUUUUGCUAAUAACAGGCUUACUGGGUGCAUCCCACAUAGCAUCAAGAAGAUGGAAAAUACAUUGAAUGAGAUCAUAUUCACGAACAACAAGCUCACUGGUUGCUUGCCAAUGGAGAUUGGGUCGCUUGAGAAUUUAACAGUUUUCGCUGCUGCGUCCAACUCGUUAUCAGGUGUCUUGCCUAAAAGCUUUUCGGGGAUAAAGAGUGUGGAGCUAAUCGACAUCUCAAACAACUUCUUAACAGGGUUUGUUCCUGAAGGUAUCUGUAAAUUGCCUAAUUUGGUGAACUUCACCUUCUCGUAUAACUACUUCAGGGGUGAGUCACCAGAAUGUGAAUCAUCAAGGACGAAGGACGUUGUGGUGGAUGAUACAGACAACUGCUUCCCUGAUCGUCCCAAACAGAAAGCAAGCAAAACUUGCACGCCGGUGGUGAACCGACCAGUUGAUUGUGGAAAGUCCAAGUGUGUUAGGCCUUCAUUACCAACGCCGUCUAGACCACAUAAACCAAAGCCAACACCUGAUGUGGAGUCUUCAAGAAACAAGAACUGA